AUGCCCAGUUUUGACAAUUCCUCCUCCGAAACCUACGAUGCAGUCUCUCAAAUCCCCAUCCCCGAGAUGAACCACGACCAAUGCGACGCCGAAAAACUCCGAAUCGUGAAUCGCAUCGAACAUCUCCAACAAGUACACGCUGCAAACAUUAACUCUGGGAUGGAUCACCGCAGCGACGCAAUCCGAGAAUUGGAGCAAAGAAUCGCAAAUCUCCGCUUUCGAUUCCACGAGGUCGAUAACCAAAUGAGAGCGUUGGAUGCGCGGGACCGGGCUGUCGUUGCCCAGAAUACGGGUUAUGGUUCUAUCAGUAGAGAUAGAUCGUCGCAGUCGCCACCGGCCCCUAGGGCUCCUAAUACUUCACCUCAACGCUAA